CGACCAGAUCUUUCUUUUCGGGGACGGGGGCACGCGAGAAGCACACGAAGGCUCCCCCGGAGGACCAUCUUUGGCCAGCUGCUUAUAAUGCCCCCCUGACAGUGUUGCUCUUCGCAUUCCGCAGCUUCAUUCACCCCCCGCCCUCCCAUUUCCUCCACUUCUUCCACCUCUUCUCGUCCUCCUCCUUCGUUCAAUUCUGGUUUUCCCUUCGUGUUCUUCUUCUCCGUCUUCCCGUUCUUCUCCCUUCUGCCGUGACCCAUCCAUAUCCACGGACUUCGCGCUGCCGAGGACGGUCGUACUCACCGUACCGGCGAGCUCCAAGUCCGCAAUCAGGCGCGCACAACGCCUGCCAAAAAAUUACUGGACCUCGUCGGCGCAAUCGCGCCACAUUUUCCCGUGUUUUCUGUCUUUGGGGGUCUCCAAUUGCCUCACCAUUUUUACUUUUAGCACCAGGAACUGUCGAUCGAUCGCCGCGGGAGGACAAUUGUGUUCUUAGGCGACGAAAUUGAGCGGAAGGAAAAUUUGAAGUUUCGCUUCUUGGAUCGAGGUCGGAAUCGAGGAAGUAGAACCAUCCGUGGUCAUUGGGUCGAUUAGAGAGUCGAUCAGGGCGGGGGAACAGAGAGAGUGAGAAGCGGGCUCCAGCAGCGGAAGUGGAUUGCGGUCGAAACUUUGCGAGGAGAACUCGGAGGAGGUGCACUGUGUAGGUCGAGGAAGCGGGGAAUGGCUCACUCGCGGCGGCUUGCGCCCGUGCCCGUUCUGGCUCUGGUGGCCGCGCUGACGUUGUUCAGCUGGGCAGAGGUCGUGCUCGCGCAGGGUUGUAAUAGCACAAUUCUGAAGAGCACCAGUGGACAGCCGAAAUCGUUCCAGCAGUGCCUCGGUCUUCCGAAGCUCGGAUCCUCGCUCUCUUGGAACUACGACCCCUCGACAUUCGAAUUCGACUUCGAGUUUCACGCCGUGCUGAGCUCCGCCAGCGGCUGGGCAGGCUGGGGGUUCAAUCCGACGGGAGAGUUGAUGACUGGCGGAAGUGCGCUGAUUGCUUUCAAUGGCGCCAACGGAACCAACCUCUUGCCUUACAAGCUCAUCGGCUCGCCCACGCCGCCCUCCGCAAUCGACAUGGUGGUUCUGCCCAAUUCCAUGAAUGUGACAAUCAUCGGUCUCAAUGUCACUUUCAGUGCCAAACUCCAGCUCACGAAGGAUCAAACGACGCUCAACCAGCUGUGGAAUUACGGUUCCAGCGUGUCGGGUUACUCCCCGGGCCCGCACAGCCUGACCGGAGACAACGCUGCCAGCUAUGGAAAGCUAGAUGUCACGACCGGAACCGUGACAGCUUCCGAAAUCCCCAACAAAACACUGAAGGAUAACCACGGAAUUGUUAACGCGCUCGCUUGGGGAUUCAUGUUUCCCCUCGGAGUCAUGGCAGCACGCUACAUGCGACCCUUCAAGAUUUUCGACCCUCUGUGGUUCUACGUGCACGUCGGAUGUCAAGUGUCCGCAUACAUUUUGGGAGUGGUCGGUUGGGGUAUGGGAUUGAAGCUCGGCACCUUGACCAGCGUCGACCACGACAAGCAUAAGAAUCUUGGCAUUGCGCUUUUCACGCUGGCGACUCUUCAGCUCACAGCCCUGGGACUGAGGCCCAACCUGGAUAACAAGUACCGAAAGUACUGGAACGUGUACCAUCACACAAUCGGUUUCACUCUGAUCAUCCUCAGCAUAAUCAACGUUUUCGAGGGUAUCGAAAUUCUAGCACCUGCGAAGGGGUGGAAGACUGCAUACGUUGUGAUCCUGAUCACAUUGGCUGUGAUUGCCCUGAUUUUGGAAAUCGGCACCUGGAGUGCAUGGUACUUUAAGAAGACGCGGAUACCGUCUGACAAGCUCGGCGAGGAAGGACGUGCCAACGGUUCCAGACCACCCGUCUACGGAGAAGAUAACGGAAACCAACAAUGGGUGCGCGAGCCACAACUGUAGAGGGGGAUUGACUGAGGUCUGCUUCUAGGGACUACACUUUUUUUAUGACUGAUUCAUUAUUCAUUGACAUUCAGUUGGAGCAGCGAUUCAAUCUCGGUGUAACCUGACCAUUUGGCAGCGGCAUGAAAACGUCGAGCGGGUAGUCAGUUCGUUCUUAUUCUACAGAGCAAAUUGCGUGAACCUUAUUCUCUAUGUAUAUUAUUAUACGCAAGACGACUAGGUCAUCGAAUUUGUCGAACUUGGAAGGUCGAAAGUUCCGGGUCUGAGAUUUGAAAACCUCAAAAACAGCGUUGCUCCAUCCCAUGCCAUGGCCAUUGGUCGGGCUCAUUGUAGACAUAUAGCACUCUGGUUAGACCAUUCUCCAUUGGAAGAAAAUCUUUGUCCAGGAUUUGACGUAGAUAGGACAGACACUCCAGCUGCAUUCUCGCGUUAGAGUAGUUAGAUACGGAUCGGUCGAUCCUGGAACUAGGGUGUACUAUUUUGUUUGAUUUUACCAAUACUUAGAACUACGCUUCGAUCGUCUUUUUGCAAGGAAGAAUGGUAGCCUCAUUUUAUAUAGGUCGUCGACUGGCAGGUUGGGAACUUCUACCAUGUAAAUUUUUCUUACUAUCUCAUUGAUUCAAUACACUUUUACCCCUUU